UUUCUUCUCGUCAAUAUCAAAAUGGCAGUCAAGGAGCUAUGUUGUGUGUUCGUGCUAACGUUGUUCUGCAUCAGCACAAGGGCUGAUAGGGGUUACAUUGUUCCUGAACCGACCAUCCAGGUUUUCCAGCCGAAAGGUUUUCGGGCUAUCAUUCAUGACUCCCCCAGCGUGGCAUACUCGUACUUCCUCAUCCAAGGUCAACUGCUCAAGAAGGGCAGCUCCGAGAAAGUAGACUUCCAUGGUGGAGAGACCAGGUCUCCCAUCGAGAUCGAUGGCAACAAAUUCUGGGUAGUGGAUCUUCCCGAGGUCCAACUGGAAAAGGGAGACCGGCUUGAGUACCUCGCGUUCGUGGCUAUUAAGAGCGAUGGGUACAUUAGGGAAGGUCUCGUUUACACAGUUGAUGAAUUCACCAAAUUCACCGAACUACCCCAUAGGCCCGUACACCCUCAGUACGAGACCGAGACUACGACCACCAAAGACUGUGAACCCUCUAUCACCCGUCUGCAGAAGGGAGCCACCGCUUGCAAGGGCCAAGUCGUGUUUGAAGACAAAUUUGACUCGCUCAACAAGGAUGUAUGGCAGGUUGAACAUUACAUCCCUACGGACCACCCUGAAGUUCCCUUCGUGUCUUACCAGAGUUCAGCCAUAUCUGUUCAGAACGGAGAGCUGCAUAUUUCUAUUUCGGAGCAAUUUAAUGAAACCGCUUCUUUACAUUCCAACUUGGAUCUCAACACUGGGUAAGAAUAA